AUGAGUGAAACAUCAGCAAUUCAACGACCAAGUACAUCAUGUCAAAUGAGACGAAAUUUAGAUCGAGAAACUGUGAAUAAUGGUUUAUCACGUAGUUAUACAUUUGCUGAAGACAAAUCAACAGCUGUUCUACCAUCAUCAUCACCAAAAAAACAAGCACGAUCAACACAAAAUGUUUCAUUGUUAAAUGAACGUAUUGGCUAUAAUUUAUUAAGUAAUGAUAAUUGGCGACGUGAAACAGUGGAUGAUUUACGUUUAAAUUCAAAAGUAAUUGAACAGAGUGAUCAAAAUAUUUUAUACGGUAAAGGAGUCGAUCCACUGCCUCAUGUCAAAGAACUAUUGAAUGAAUUAAGUAAUGAUCAAGCAUUUCUAUACGCUAGACAAUGUCGUUUGGUGGUAGCAAAACUAAGAUUAUGUUGGUCAGAUGUUAACGAAGAAAUAAAAUCAUUAUCCAAACAUAAAGAAUAUACAGAAGCAGCACUUGAUCAUAUUCGAAAAGAUUUAAUUAUUAAUAAGGAAAGUGUUGAUAUUCGGAAAAAACCACCAAGAGAAUCAGAACCAGACGGAGUUGACGAUAUGUUAUCGGCUGAAAAAUAUCAUCUAGUUAACCUGAAGAAAAUAUUGGAAUUAAAUUGUAAAAAUGUCGUAGAUCAAAUGCAGAGAUUAGACGAAGUAAGAACAAGAGUAGCUAAAAUUGGAAAAGAACGUUCUCUGGUAACAGAACUUAUAUGUCAAUGUCUAACACAAGCUUCAAGAACAUUUGAAAUAUCACGAAAUGAAAAAUUAUCAAAUUUACACCAGCAAACUCCGAGAACAGCACCUGUACGAUCCAAAUCCGCGAGUGGAUUUAAAUUCAAUCGUCACGCUGCUUCAUCAUCAUCUACAAUAAAUCUAAGAAAAAUUUCACCAGAGGCAACAUUACUCGAUGAAAAUGGUUUACCGUUAACUGGAAAUUUAUCAGCGUUUACCCCCGAUGUUAUUAAUGUAUUUAAAGAUGCCUCAAAAUUAAUCGAAGAAUCCCGUGAAAUCAAAAAACAAGUUAUAAGACAGAUCAAAGAUGCAUUUAAUGAAGCAAAAUCAUGUUCACUUACCGUUCAUCAAAGUCUCGCACAGCGUCUUGCCGAUAUAAUUACAUUAGCUCAAAAUUUAACAAUUUCAUUAGGAGAGAAUAGUCUAGCUCAAAAUCGUGCACAACGCUGGCUCGAGCUGACAAUUGCAGCGCAAAAUGCAAACUCCGGACCAGUCAGUUCUUUCUAUUUGAAAACAGCUGAACGUCUCGAUAGACCAAUUAUUCGCACAUUUCAACGACAUCCAGGAAAUCAACUUUCCGAAGCGAAAAUUACAAUUAAGUCCACACAAAGUUUGGCACAAUCCGCUUUAGAAACAGCUAAACAAAUUCAUACAUUAAAAAUAGUUGGUCAACGUUUACAAAAUAAUUUAAUCGAUAAAGAAGUAGCAUUAAGUGUUGAUUCCAAUUUAUUACGUCGACGACGUGAACGAUCAAAUCAUAAAUGGAAUGUUACAAAAUACGUACAUGUUUAA